GCUGCUAUAAUCGCAUUGCUGAUGCUCUAUCCCGCCAUCCCGAGUACUUGACUUGCCUGGUGGAUUCAUACGACCUCCGCACGCAACUGAAGGAGGAUCUCGCCGAACACACCGCCAAGGACCCGGACCUGAGUCCUAUCCUUGAGCAGCUCAAGGCUGACCCUAACAGCCAGCCUGAUUUUCAUGAAUGCGAUGGUUUUGUAUUCCGCCGGUAUGGGAAAUUCGAUCGCUUGUGUGUUCCUAACCAUGCGCCUCUCCGGACUCAUUUCUUGGAUCUGGCACAUGGUCGGAGUGGACACUUUGGCUUUGAGAAGACUUACGGAAGUCUUCUCCAACAGUUUGACUGGCCGGGGAUGAAGGGAUCUGCUAAGAAGUUCAUUGCUAAAUGUCAAGUCUGUCAAAGAAUUAAGGUCCACAGGCAUAAGCCUUAUGACCUCCUGAGACCCCUCCCAAUCCCUGAUGGUCCCGGGGAAUCAGUCUCUAUCGAUUUCACGGACAUGGGAAAGGUGAGUGCGGCCGGGAAUUCACAAGUCAUGGUCAUUGUGGAUCACUUCUCUAAAUUUCUGAAUCUGAUUCCCUUACCUCCUCAUGCCCCAACUGAACUGGUGAUCGAAGAAUUUCACCAGCAGUACAUCCUGCAGUAUGGGCCCCCGAAAACUCUUGURAGUGAUCGGGACACUAGGUUCAUUAGCAAGGAUUGGAAGGACUUCACUGCCCAAGUCUAUGACAUCACACUAAACAUGACGUUUGGUCGACACCCACAAGCCAAUGGAUUGGCUGAGGAAAUCAACCAGACCGUCACCCAACUGCUGCGCGCGUUAAUUGUGCSWGACCAGAACACAUGGGAUAAGGAGUUGCAUAAGGUAAAAGGACUGUACAACAACUCCAUCCAUUCUGCAACCGGUGUGACACCAAAUCAGUUGCAGUAUGGAUGRCCGAUKYGUAAUCCYGUCUCCUACCUGUUCCCGGAACGGUCACCUGGUCUGAUACCCGGCAUGCCUGGCUACAAUGCCAAGUACGCACGCUUGCUCAAAGCUGUUACGGCAGCCAUGAACAAGCGCCAGCAUGCCAUGAUCAAACAUGCCAACAAGCUGCGCAAAGAAGUGAAAUUUAAGGUCGGGGACUACGUUUGGGUUAAGAUGUCUGAAUUUUCUGAUGAGGGGGGGGUGUCACGGAAGCUUCUUCCACUAUACUACGGCCCUUGGCAGAUUCUGAAAGUGAUUGGGGAUGAUUUUGGCCCUUCGUUUGUGAUUGACGUGCCGCCUCACCUGCGCACGUACCCAGUCUUCCACGCCUCCAAACUGUUUCCGCAUAUUGAUGAUGAGACUUUUCCCUACCGUGACCCUAUGAUACCUCGCCCUAUCGAUGGCGGCCAUGAGAUCGACAGGAUCGUUKCUCACGAGGGUAGAGGAAGGAACAAACAAUACAAGGUCCACUUCCUCUAUCACCCGUUGAACGAAUUCUUCUGGAUCGACCGGAAAGAGCUGCUGAAGAGCGCCCCACGUGUAGUGAACGCAUAUGAACGACAGGUCGCUGAUGGACAGACCGCUAAGUUCGCUGCGAAACUCAACCCAUUCGGUCUCACUAACGCCCUCUUUCUGAUCUAUGCCUACGAUGCCUUUUGUGCCGACUCUGAAUGAGUUACUCGCUCGAAGGGACCUCGCUCUUGAGAGGGGGGUAGUGUAAUGACCCGCCAAAGCACAAACUGAGAACACUGCUGAUUUCUGGGAUUUGCCACUGGAAUGAAUGCCUUGCCGUGAUUCCCGCAUUCUGCUGUGUUUUCCAAGUCUGUGUGUGUGUGCAUGCCUGCCCGUUUGCUUGCCUGUCUGAGUGCUUGACGGUUGAGUGUGUGUGUGACCCGUAAGGGUACCUGUUGGUUGCAAGGCCCCGCA